CGCGAGUCCGCGUGAAAGAAGCAUGCUUGUCAGGCUGUUUUCGAACAAAUUAAUCGUAAAAUAAAAUGAUGCGCACUUGAUCAUCACUAAUUAAUAAUUACAGUACAGUUUAAUCGCGAUAUUAUGACGUUUCGAUUGGAUUUUAUUAGCGCUUUCUUGACAUCGACUACCUGAUUAAUUCCUAGGGAACACUCGUUGGCUAAAUAGUUGGCGGGAAGACGUGCGUUUUUGAAUUUUUUUUAAAUGGCUGUGUUGUGUUGUGCUCCCUUUUUUAAUUGAUGUUAAUCAUUGCGUUUUUUGUUGGAGUUGUAUUUAUUUGUUAUGUUAUAAAAUCACUUCUUAAGGAGCGUGAGGAUUUUAUUAAAAGAAGUAUGGCUGACCAGGAUAAGGAGCAGGUUCGAUGCUCGUCGAGCGAAAGUGAUAAUUUUGAAAAAAUCGACUCGGAAGAGGCUAACGGAGAUGGUGAAAACGCCCACUUUCAAGUCGGUGAUGAGUCCCCAGAAGAUGAUGACGGUCCAGCCCAUGAGGGGGGUGACUUCUUUCCGAACGCCCCACCUCCUAACAUUCGCCGAAUGCUGACUCCAGCCCAGCAAUUGGCAUUAGCGGAGAAGAGAAGCCAACUGAGGCCAUCUAUGUCGCAAGGAACUGUGGUCCACAGCCAGCGAUUCCAAGAGAAAGACUUCACGGUCGCUACGCCGGAGGAGUUCGUUCGGAAAUUUCAGGGCACAAAGGCUAUUAAUAAGGUGUUGAUCGCUAAUAACGGUAUCGGCGCUGUAAAAUGCAUGCGCUCCAUACGAAGAUGGUCGUACGAAAUGUUCAAGAACGAGAGGGCUGUGCGCUUCGUUGUUAUGGUGACGCCGGAGGAUCUAAAAGCGAACGCGGAGUACAUAAAGAUGGCGGACCACUACGUGCCCGUGCCCGGCGGCUCGAAUAACAACAAUUACGCAAAUGUUGAGCUCAUUGUCGAUAUAGCAACACGCACGCAAGUGCAGGCGGUAUGGGCCGGCUGGGGCCACGCGUCCGAGAACCCGAAGCUGCCGGAAUUGCUGCACAGGGCCGGCGUGGUGUUCAUAGGGCCCCCGGAGAAGGCCAUGUGGGCCCUCGGUGACAAGAUAGCGUCGUCCAUUGUAGCCCAAACAGCUGAUAUACCGACUUUGCCCUGGAGCGGAAGUGAACUGAAAGCAGAAUACAACAGUAAGAAAAUUAAGAUUUCAUCGGAGCUGUUCGCCAGAGGGUGCGUGACUUCCCCAGAGCAGGGGUUGCAAGCCGCCACUAAAAUUGGUUUCCCAGUGAUGAUUAAAGCAUCAGAAGGUGGCGGUGGUAAAGGUAUCCGUAAAGUUGAGAACCCGGAUGACUUUAACAACAUGUUCCGUCAGGUACAAGCGGAAGUUCCCGGCUCGCCAAUAUUCGUGAUGAAGCUCGCAAAGUCCGCAAGACAUUUGGAAGUACAAUUACUUGCCGAUCAAUAUGGAAAUGCUAUAUCUCUGUUCGGGCGUGACUGUUCGAUCCAGCGCCGACAUCAGAAGAUCAUCGAGGAGGCGCCCGCGGCGGUCGCCAAACCGGAUGUGUUCAUUGAGAUGGAGAAGGCAGCUGUACGUCUAGCCAAGAUGGUCGGCUACGUGAGCGCCGGCACGGUGGAGUACCUGUACGAUCCGGCCACCGGACAGUACUACUUCCUGGAGCUGAACCCGCGGCUGCAGGUCGAGCAUCCCUGCACUGAGAUGGUGGCUGACGUUAACCUGCCGGCUGCACAGUUGCAGAUAGCGAUGGGGCUGCCCCUGUACCACAUCAAGGACAUCCGGCUGCUGUACGGCGAGUCGCCGUGGGGCAGCUCGCCGCUGGACUUCGACGAGCCGGCACAGCGGCCCUCGCCCUGGGGGCACGUCAUCGCCGCGCGGAUCACCUCGGAGAACCCGGACGAAGGAUUCAAGCCGUCAUCGGGCACAGUCCAAGAGCUGAACUUCCGCUCGUCCAAAAACGUGUGGGGUUAUUUCAGCGUCGCGGCAUCCGGUGGUUUGCACGAAUUUGCCGAUUCACAGUUUGGACACUGUUUCUCGUGGGGGGAGACCAGAGAACAGGCUAGAGAGAACCUGGUGAUAGCACUGAAGGAGCUCAGUAUACGAGGCGACUUCCGCACCACGGUGGAAUAUCUGAUCACCCUGCUGGAGACGCCUUCGUUCCAAGACAACAACAUCGACACCGCCUGGUUGGACGCGUUGAUCGCUGAGCGGGUACAAUCUGAGAAGCCAGAUAUAAUGCUGGGCGUGUUGUGCGGUUCGAUUCUCAUCGCGGACAGCAUCAUCACCACACACUUCCAGGAGUUUAAGAGCGCUUUGGAGAAGGGACAGAUCCAGAGCUCCAGCCAGCUAUCUAAUUCGGUGGAAGUGGAGUUGAUUCACAGCGGACUCAAGUACAAAGUGCAAGCGACCAAGUCCGGCCCCACCAGUUACUUCAUAGCAAUGAACGGUAGCUUCAAAGAGCUGGAAGUACAUAAACUGGCUGACGGAGCUGUAAGUGCACCUAAGUGUGUGAUGAAAAUGGUGAUGACGCUAUCUGCGCCCGAGUCCGGUAUAGUGACGUGGUGUCUGAGACCUGGUGCCGUGCUGGAUAUGGGAUCUCUUAUGGGAACUCUUGAAUUGGACGACCCCUCUCUAGUCACAACGGCUCAACCGUACAAGGGGCAGUUCCCGCUCGGCGAUAGCUCAUCCGUUUCGGAGAAAUUGAACCACGCGCACAAUAAGUAUAGGGCUAUAUUGGAGAACACUCUAGCAGGCUACUGCCUCCCGGACCCGUACAACACGCCGCGUCUCCGCGAGGUGGUGGAGAAGUUCAUGCAGAGCCUGCGGGACCCCUCGCUGCCGCUGUUGGAGCUGCAAGAGGUGCUAUCCUCGACGUCUGGCAGGAUACCGCUCUCCGUGGAGAAGAAGGUCCGCAAGUUGAUGGCGCUGUACGAGCGGAACAUAACCAGUGUGCUGGCGCAGUUCCCCAGCCAGCAGAUAGCCAGCGUCAUCGAUCACCACGCAGCCUCUCUAUCGAAACGUGCGGACAGAGAUGUGUUCUUUAUGAGUACGCAAGCUCUUGUGGUUCUAGUGCAAAGAUAUAGGAACGGCAUACGCGGCAGGAUGAAGGCGGCCGUACACGACCUGCUCAAGCAAUAUUUCCAAGUCGAGAGCAACUUCCAACUGGGUUCGUACGACAAAUGCGUGAUGGCUCUACGCGACCGUUACAAGGAGGACAUGCAAUCCGUGGCUAAUAUAAUAUUCUCGCACAACCAAGUGGCCAAGAAGAAUCUUCUGGUGACGAUGCUGAUUGACCACCUGUGGUCGAACGAGCCGGGGCUCACGGACGAGCUGGCGGCGACGCUCAACGAGCUCACCUCGCUGCACCGCGCCGAGCACAGCCGCGUGGCGUUGCGGGCUAGGCAGGUGUUAAUAGCGGCCCACCAGCCGGCGUACGAACUGCGUCACAACCAAAUGGAGUCGAUAUUCCUCUCGGCCGUCGACAUGUACGGGCACGACUUCCACCCGGAGAACCUGCAGAAGCUCAUCCUAUCCGAGACAUCCAUUUUCGACAUACUGCACGACUUCUUCUAUCACACCAACGCGGCGGUGUGCAACGCAUCACUGGAGGUGUACGUGCGGCGUGCGUACACGUCGUACGAUAUAACGUGCUUGCAGCACUUGGCGCUGUCCGGCGAGCUGGGCGUCGUGCACUUUCAGUUUGUUUUGCCCUCCGGACACCCCAAUAGGAUCCCCAUCAGCCAGUCGGAGAUCGAGCUGGCGUCGGCGGCGGACGCGGAGGGCGUGCCCGGCGAGCUGUCGACGGCGGCGCAGCGCAAGUGCCACCACCGGACCGGCGCGCUCGCCGCCUUCGACUCCUUCGAGCACUUCGUCGAGUACGCGGACGAGCUGCUCGACCUCGUGCACGACUUCGCCAGCACCGCCACCGUGCGCCGCGAGGACUUACAAGCACUCCAAGAAGGCAGUGAGAGCCGCGACAGCACCAGUAUCAACGUCGGCACGGAUUAUAGCAAGAUCGUGGAAGAAGACGUGCCGCUGGAGCCGAUCCACAUCCUGAUGAUCGGCAUCCGCGACGCGGGCGAGACGGACGACGGCGCGGUGUCGCGCCGCUUCGGCCACUUCUGCCGCGUGCACGCGCGCGACCUGCACCAGAAGCGGAUACGCAGGAUCACCUUUAUGCUGCUUAUCAAACGCCAAUUCCCCAAGUUCUUCACGUACCGCGCCCGCAACGAGUUCAAGGAGGACACCAUAUACCGCCACCUGGAGCCGGCCUCCGCCUUCCAGCUGGAGCUGUACCGCAUGAGGAGCUACGACCUGGAGGCGCUGCCCACCAGCAACCAGAAGAUGCACCUGUACCUGGGCAAGGCCAAGGUAAAGAAAGGACAAGAGGUGACCGACUUCCGUUUCUUCAUCCGGUCCAUCAUCAGGCACCAGGAUCUCAUCACUAAGGAAGCCAGUUUUGAAUACCUGCAGAAUGAAGGAGAGAGAGUGCUCUUAGAAGCAAUGGAUGAGCUGGAAGUGGCGUUCUCUCACCACUUGGCCAAAAGGACGGAUUGUAACCACAUCUUUUUGAACUUUGGACCCACCAUACUCAUAGAUCCGGCGAAGAUCGAGGAAUCCGUACUCGGCAUGGUGAUGAGAUACGGACCGAGGCUGUGGAAACUUAGAGUUCUGCAAGCCGAAAUAAGGUUCACUUUGAGAGUCGGCCCAGGGGCGCCAACCAAGAACAUUCGACUCUGUUUGUCCAACGGGUCUGGAUAUACGCUGGACAUAUCCACAUAUGAGGAGGUUUCCGACCCCAAGACUGGUGUGAUAAUAUUCCAAUCAUACGGACCGAAACAAGGGCCUAUGCACGGACUGCCGAUUUCGACACCUUAUGUCACAAAGGACUACCUGCAGCAGAAGAGAUUCUUGGCGACAUCGCAAGGGACCACGUACGUGUACGACAUUCCGGACAUGUUCCGACAGGCUGUUGAGAGACAAUGGAAGGAAUAUAUCGAAGAAGGCAUGGUAGAUGGACCUCAACCGGACAACGUGCUCAGUCUGGUCGAGUUGGUGUUGGAAAACGACGGCGAGAGGAAACUGGUUGAAGUCACUAGGCUGCCCGGCCAGAAUACUGUGGGUAUGGUGGCAUGGCGUUUGACCCUCUUCACACCCGAAUACCCGGAGGGACGAGAUAUAGUGCUCAUAGCAAACGACCUAACGCACUAUAUGGGGUCUUUCGGACCCCAAGAGGACUGGGUGUACUUUAGGGCUUCGGAGUAUGCGAGGGAAUUGAAAAUACCUAGGGUAUAUGUGAGCGUGAACUCGGGGGCCCGUAUCGGUGUGGCUGAGGAGGUGAAAGCGGAGUUCAAAGUCGCGUGGAUAGACGCAGAGAGGCCCGAGCGGGGCUUCCGCUACCUGUACCUGAGCCCCGAGGCGUUCUCGCGGCUGGGGCCCCAGGGCUCCGUGAAGACGCAGCUGAUUGAGGACGAGGGCGAGGCGCGGUACAGGAUCACGGAUAUUAUCGGCAAGGAGGACGGCCUGGGCGUGGAGUGCCUGCGCGACGCGGGGCUGAUCGCCGGCGAGACGGCGCAGGCCUACGAGGACAUCGUCACCAUCUCCGUCGUCACGUGCCGCGCCAUCGGCAUCGGCUCCUAUGUCGUCCGGCUGGGCCACCGCGUGAUCCAAGUGGAGUCCUCGUACAUAAUCCUCACGGGCUACAUGGCGCUGAACAAGGUGCUCGGCAAGCCGGUGUACGCCAGCAACAACCAGCUCGGCGGCGUGCAGAUCAUGCACAACAACGGCGUCUCGCACGCCGUCGCGCCCACCGACCUGGAGGCCAUCCGCACCACGGUCAAGUGGCUCUCCUACAUACCCAAGGACAAGCUGAGCAUGGUGCCGAUGAUCCGUCCGGCGGACCCGAUCGACCGGCCGGUGGAGUGGCACCCGCCGCGCGCCGCGUACGACCCGAGGCUGCUGCUCACGGGCGAGCCGGGCAAGCCGGGCUUCUUCGACGUCGGCUCCUUCGACGAGGUGAUGCGGCCCUGGGCGCAGACCGUCGUCACCGGUCGAGCUCGUCUGGGCGGUAUUCCAGUGGGUGUGAUAGCUGUGGAAACACGUACCGUGGAAUUCACUCUGCCAGCAGAUCCAGCUAAUUUGGACUCGGAGGCGAAAACCCUGCAACAGGCUGGACAGGUCUGGUUCCCGGACUCGGCAUACAAGACCUCCCAGGCCAUUAACGACUUCUCCCGGGAAGGUCUGCCCAUCUUCAUAUUCGCCAACUGGCGUGGUUUCAGUGGCGGUCAGAAAGACAUGUACGAGCAAAUACUGAAGUUCGGCGCGGAGAUAGUGCGCGCGCUGCGCAACGCCACCGCCCCCGUCAUAGUGUACAUCCCCCCCGGGGCCGAGCUGCGAGGGGGGGCGUGGGCCGUCGUCGACCCCAGCGUCAACUCCGCGAAGAUGGAGAUGUACGCCGAUCCCGAGGCUAGAGGUGGCGUGUUGGAAGCCGAGGGUAUCGUGGAGGUGAAAUUCAAACAAAGGGACAUAUUGAAGACCAUGCACCGGCUCGACCCGGAGCUGUUGCGGUUGGACGCGAGGAUAGCUGAAAUAAAGGAGCAAAUAAAGGAGAUAUCAAAGAAUCUAGACCGAAGGGGGUCAAUAGAUGACGUUCUUAUAAGGACAGAUGCGGGCGGACAGGCUGAGACUAAAAUAAGAGAGCUGGAUAGCGACCUGUUGGAGGCCGAGAAGAAAGUUAAGGCUCGUGAGAAGGAAUUGGCGCCGGUCUACCACCAGAUCGGCGUGCAGUUCGCGGAGCUGCACGACACGGCGGAGCGCAUGCUGGAGAAGGGCUGCGUGGCCGACGUGGUGGCGUGGCGCGGGGCGCGGCGCGCGCUGCACUGGCGGCUGCGGCGCCUGCUGCGCCAGGGCGCGCUGGAGCGCCGCGUGGCCGCCGCCUCGCGCCCCGCGCCCCUGCCCGCGGGCGCCGCCGCCGCCACGCUGCGCCGCUGGUUCGGCGAGGAGCGCGGCGAGCCGCACGCGCACGGCUGGGAGCACGACAACGAGGCCGUGUGCGCGUGGCUGGAGCGCCAGGCCGCCUCGCCCGACUCGCUGCUGGAGCGCAACCUGCAGGCCGUGCGCCGCGACGCCGCGCUGCGCGCCGUGGCCGCGCUGCUGCUCGACCUGCCGCCGCCCGCGCGCGCCGACCUGCUGCGCAAGCUGGCCGCGCUCGACCCGCUCGCGCCGCUCGACCUGCCGGACUAGCGCACGCACACCCCACACCCCCCCCACACACACACACCGCCAGCGCGGACGUUCCAAGUGCAUUUGUUAAACUAUUUUUUGUUGCAACGAUCGUUAUGUCUCUGUGCUGUCAUUUCACACGCGAACCGAAUUGGGGCCCGAUCGAAUAUAACGAAAUACAUAGAAGGGAAAUUUUGGUGAAUAACUCGGGUGAGUUGACUUCUAGGCGUUAAGUGUCAAAACGUCCAAAUCGAAGGUUAAUCGUAAAAUAUCAGUCUGAUUUUUAAGGUACUUCCUUAAUUGAAAAAUAAUGUCUGACAUGUGGUCCAGUUUUAAACUUGAUCUAGUUCUGACAAUUUAAAACCUUUGACCCUAAAAACUGUUUCACAUAAAUGAGGAAAAAUAGGGAUUUUUUUAAUAAUUAAUUUCUAAAAAUGUUAAGAGACAGUGAACCCAAGGUAUUCACCAAAAUUUGGCUGAACGUUUUUCGUUAUUUGACUGCUGCUUGUAUGUAAAAAUUGGCCUGGCCUUAGCGUGUUGUAGAGGGCAUAUUAUAUUUCUUUAGUUCAUUACGUCACCUGAAACUGUUUUAUAAUAAAAUUGUUGUAUGGGACCAUUUGUAUAUUGUUUGCUUUAGACGCGUUUCGGUUGUACGAGGGUUUUAGGAAAAUGUUUUGUAUAAUAUAGCAAAUGAAUAAAUAUAUUUAAUAUUUAUA